AUGCGGCUUGCAUGGGUUGUGGGCUGUGCGAGACAUGUCCAAGGCGGGAUGUUUCACUUGGAGCUUAUUUCGGCAACGGCUUUGCUUUGUGCAUAUUCUCUGACUAACAAGUGUUCAGUGAACUGGAGCUCAGCAGAUCCCAGGGCACUCUUGGUCGAGCAAACAGUCAGCGGCGUUCGUCACGAUCAUCAAGUGACCACCGGGAAUGGAAUUCCCAGUCACUCUCUCCGUGGCAAGACGUAG